AUGGCGGGUGCCAUGCCCGGCCCAGGAGUGUACACUAUUCCGACUCCAUACAACGAUGACUACGACGAAGACACCGCCGUGGCGGCCGACAUCAUUGAGGCGGUGCAGCUGCCCCAGGGCUUGCAGGGUGGCGGGCUGCCGCUGGCCGGCGGCGCGAACGUCCCGGCCCCAGUCUCCCGCUUUCGCGCUCUGCCGCUGUCGGCUCGGCUGGGUGGUGCGAGGGCCGCGGGGGCCGCGCGGCUGGGCUUCGCCUUGCCGGCCGAGCCCUUCUCGCGGAGCGCGGUUGGACGGCCGCUCUCGGUGGGGGCCGGCAUGCCCGUGCAGUUUGGUGGCCUCGACGAGGGCGGCUUCCUCGUUGUCAGGUACGACGUCCCUGGACCAGUUCUGCGGCACGAGAGGGUCGUGGCCCCCGAGCCGUGCCCGCCGCCCGGGGGCGCGGCGUCGCCCGACGGAGAAGGCCUGGCCGCCCUGGCCGCCUCCCUAGGGGGGCCUGCUGCAGCUGGCGCCCCAGCGGGCGCCCGGGUGCCCCCGGCGGCCGCGGGCCCACCCGUGCCGGACGCAGCGGCCGCACCUGCUGGGGCCCUGGCGGGCAGCGCCGCAGCUGUCGCUACUGCCCCUGGACCCGCCGGUGGCGGCGGCGUGGCUGGAGCCCCCGUCCACGACUUGCGGGUGCAGGCCUUCGGGGUCGAUUCUCAGGGUGCGCGAUGUCGAGUGUUCAGGGCUGCCGUCACCAUUCUCACGGUCACGCCGUUUGCGGAUUGGCCCGUGCGCGGGCCGCGCGCCCUCCUCUGGGUCAGCAAGUUCAUCGUGGCCAACGACGGGUCGCCUGUGGCCAGGCACAACCGCUUGAUGGCGGAGGCCCGCCUCAACGGUUCUGAGCCUGGGGUGGAGGUUCACCUCCGCGUGUGUAUGGCCGUGGAGACGGCUGCCUGCUAUGGCCAGCUGAACAUCACGGAGAUCGCGUCUUUCGAGCGGUUGGGGCGUUCUCUUCAGGUGCAGGACGAGCGCCACAGGGUUCGCGUCAUGGGGUCUGAGGACAUAGUCGAUUCUCACUUCUUUUUGGGUUCGGACCUCGCCAGAGGCAACGCGUGCGUGGCCCCACAGCUGCAAGAUUGGAUCGCGCAGGAGCUCGCCAGGGAGGUCUCGGCGAUGAAAGAAAGACGAAGGGCUCGGGAAGAGCGCAUCGCCAACCGCCAGCCUCGCAACACCAAGAAGGCGGGGGACAAAGAGCAGGGGUGA